AUGUUUUCCUUCCUUCAAAAACCCACUAAUAAUGAUCGAUUCGAAGUUAAAUUAAUGACAAUGAAUUUUAUAUCAAGAAUGAUAGGAAUUCAUAAACUUAUUUUAUUAAAUUUUUAUACUUAUUUAAUUCGUUACAUACAACCACAUCAAAGAGAUGUGACAAUGGUAUUAGUUAUUAUUGCUCAAGCAAGUCACGGAUUGAUUCCACCUGAUGUAUUGGAACCAGUUAUAAAAGCUAUUACGAAUAAUUUUGUUUCUGAUCAUUGUUCUAAUGGAGUUAUGGCUGCUGGAUUAAAUGCCAUAAGAGAAAUUUGUGUUCGUCAACCAUUAGCCAUUGAUGCUACCUUAUUACAAGAUUUAACCGAAUAUCGUUCAGAUAGGGAUAAGAGUGUGAUGAUGGCUGCAAGAUCAUUAAUUGGAUUGUUUCGUGAGAUUAAUCCAGAAUUAUUAAAGAGAAAGGAUAGAAUUAUCGCUGAUAAAGUUGAAGGAAUAGAAUUAUUGGAAGAGUAUAAACAAAAAAUGCAAGAAGUAGAAAAUGGAUGGGAAAUAUUAUCAAAUUCAACAUCUGAAGAUGACGACGAAGGUUGGAUUGACGUUUCUUCGGAUGAAGAUCACGAUAUUCUUCUUACACCAGCAGAUUUCGCCAAAUUAAAUGAACUCAAAAUGGAACACAAAGCAGAAUUAAUGGUCAAUGGAUCUAAACAAGAGCAUUCUGAUAUAGUUAAUGUUAAUACAAUCAUCGGUCCCCGUAAAAAAGCCAAACAAGAUUAUGAAGAACGUUUAGAAUCAAUUAAAGCAGGAAGAGAAGGUCGUGAGAAGUUUGGUCAUAAAAGCAAGAAAGUUGAAGGGACAAGUACCACUAAUAGAGAAAAAAAGAAACGUAAGGCUUUCAUGAUGGUAGUACAUAAAAAUGUGUUGAAGAAAAAGAAAAUGAGUUUAAGAGAUAAACAGAUACGAUUAACUAAAGGAACUAAAGGCAACAAAAAAAGAUCAAAAAGAUAA